UAAAGAUCGCCAUAUUGGAUUUGUGAACUUUUCUUUUUUCGGGUGUAAAAGUUGUAUUUCCUUUAUUAAUGGUGUCCAGAUCUUAGCAAGACCGUCAUUUUCAUUUCAUCAUGACAACCCAGACACGAGCCAUACAUAGGCAGGUGGCCCAAAACUCAAGGACACACGACUAUCUCUAUGAUCCUCACUAUGUAUUAUCCAGUGAGAGAGAUCAUGCAAGGUCCACAUUCAAGGCACACACAAGCACGGAUCGUGUUAAACGUGUCGCUGAAUAUAAAACCAUGUUUAGUGAACUUCGUCAUCAUCCAAGAUUCCAGAUGAAACUUGAUGUUCAAGAUCCUGUUCCAAAGUUCAUAUCCCGCCAGUGGAGAGGGUAUGGGGAACAGCAGAGAGAGGCUCUCAUCAGAUACACAACUUUCAACUAUGACCCUAGUGUAGCAGUACCACCCAAAACAUACGAGAAUGCUAAAGUGUCAGGGACAAAUAGAUACAGAUAUUUCCGUAGACCUAUCAUUCCAUUUAUGCAGACUGUCAGACCAGAAGUGCUUUUAGCGGCAAACAGAGAAGACCCGCUAGCAGUAUCGGAACAUGUGCAACACGAGAGGGUGGCGACACCUACCCAUAGAACUGUUGAGAUUCAGACUGACUACAGAGACAGUGAAGCUCAAACUGAUCCCUAUACACCAGAGUAUGUUGUCAGGCCUGGGUCACAGCCUGAGCUUCUCACUCUGGGCUCUCUCUCAUAUGGAAAGGGUUUACCAGCAGGUCUGGCAGAGGUUGAGAUGAUUGAGAGAGCGAGAGCCAAGCGUGCCUGGGAGGCCACAUUGCCUCCACUCAAUGACAUGGACCAGCUGGAUAAACGUCGUAAAAUGAUGGAUGAUAUGGAGAGAAAAGAAUGGGCACUUAGAGAAGAAGAAAUAGAAAAGCUACAGGAAGCUAGGCUUGAGGUGUUGAAGAAUUUGCUGAAGCAACGAGAAGAGAAUCAUCAAGAUCUGAACACCAAACGUCUAGACAAACUUUGGCAACGUAAACAAGCAGAAAAGGAAAAGAAAAUAGCUAAAAUUAGAAAUGAGCACAUUAAAACAAUUAGAAAGUUGACUGAGAAACGUCGGACUGUAGAAGGCAAGCUGGAACGUCGCGAUGUUGCCAAUGAGUAUUCUAACUAUGGAUCUCAGACCUACGCCCCUAUGACUAGAAUGGGAGUGUUUCUUGACCAUGGGUCUGAGGCAAAUGUGGUGAAGAGUAGACAUCUAACCACUUAUCAAGGUUUGUUGGAGCUUGAAGCGUCUCUGCCUGAUUUUGUCCUUCAACCAAGGAUAGUAGCCCCAAAACCAAAGACUGUCACCAAACAAGGUUUCACGAAGCGAAAGUAUCGCCAAGAGAGGGAAUUGGCUGAAAUACAUGAGAGUCAUCCUUGGAAGCAAAUCAUUGACAAGCGAACUCGUGGUGAAGAGCCCCCAAAGCCAUUGAGAUUCCUACAAAAGAUUGAAAAGCCUAUCCCAAGACCCCCAACACCUGCGAUCGAGAUACCCUCAGAAAUAGAAGAAGAACGUGAACUUGCGACAAUCUUCCUCCAGCAGGUCAUCCGUGGACGAGCCAUCCAGAAUAUGAUGUUUGAGGGCAAGGAGAAACGUAUUGAGCUAAUUAAUGAGCUGAGGAGUACACACGCAUUACAGGAUGCUCAACAGCAGAUUAAGAAGCAAGAGAAACAAGCCACACUUGCUUUACAGAGACAACGCAGACUUUAUGAGCAUAAGGAGUCCCAUAUCAAUGAAGCUCUGGGUCAGCUUGAAGGAGAGAGUAUUGGGGACACACUUGACUUCCUGAGCAAGGAGCUGAUACGACUACAGGAGGAGAGGAGAAUCCAUGCAUUUGCUAUGCUAGCUGAGAGACAGAGGAGGAUCAGAGAGGCGGAGGAAUCAGGACGUAGACAGGUGGAGGAGAGGAGACGACGUGAGGAGGAUGAAGUUUUCAAGCAGGUGAUAAAAUGCCAUCAGAACACUGUUGAUACAUAUUUAGAAGAUAUUCUCAUGGGCUCAAUUGAUAAGACCGCUGAAGAUCAGGCUAGGGAGGAGAUCCAGGAGUUGGCUGAGAAGAUUAAUGAUAUUGCAUACUCUAUGGAAGAAAAGAAAACCGAGUUAGAAUCUGAGGAGAUAGUAGCUGAGCUAGUCCAUAGUUUCGUACUUCCUGAGGUACAGAAACAAACAAUGAGAGAAAAAGUAAAACAAGGGCAGAGGAAGUUCUUGCUAGCAGCGCAUAAAAUAGUGCAUAAAGAAGGAGAGGAAGUGAUUGAUAUGAAUCCAAGGGUUCCUUUAAAACCAACCAAUCAGAACACAGAUAAACCUUUGGGACGUCCUCCAUCUGGCAGAGGGCCAAGAAAGACACCUACUCCAAGCAAGGAGCCAAGUGGCAGUAGAACCCCGGAGCGUAAAGACUCUACAAGUUCCCCCAGUCAGUCAAGGUCAGGUUCAAGACGAGGCUCAGGUGCGAAUGUCGUCAAUACAGCAGCACGUCCACCAUCUGCAUCUAAGAAAACAACAUCAAGACCUUCUUCUGAAUCUUCACAAAAGGCCCCAGGAUCAAGGCCAGGGUCAGGAGGGUCACAAAAGGCCCCAGGAUCAAGGCCAGGGUCAGGAGGGUCACAAAAAGCCCCAGGAUCAAGGCCAGGGUCUGGAGGGUCACAGAAAGGUCAAAGGUCAAGGCCAGGGUCAGCAGGGUCAACUAAAGAAGGGACACAAUUAGAAAUUCAAGGUCAAGGAUCAAGGAGAGGGUCCCCUGAACAAUGAUACGUCUAAAUAUACAAAGGAUGUAAAUAUGUACAUAAACUUGUAUAUAAAAACUUCUGUACAAAGUAUACAGUGUACAUAGGAUUCUAAAAUUGUAUAUAAAAGUAUCUUUACUCAGUGCAGUGAUGUUGGAAAAAGAUUAAACAUUAAUCAAUCUACCAUGGAUAUUUUUAAAUGAAUUAUUUAUUCACAGAAAAAAAUGUUGCUUAUUUAAUUUCACAAUGAACUGCAUACAUUUAUAUGUUUUUGCUAUCCAAUAAUUGUGAAGAAUUGACACAAAACAUAUGUAUCAAAUGCAAUAUUUUGUAUUUGACACAUUUUAAUAUGAUACACAUCAGCCGCAUUUACAUAGAGUAUGUAUGUCUACUAAAUCGAUAAAACAUUUUAA